UCCGGGAGAGCAUGGCCGCAAAAGCGCUGCAGACCUGCCUCCGUGUCUCCUCAUUGAUAACAGCUUCUCGGGAGCUCUUGGUGAUGUUGCAGAGCCUCUCGUCAGGGGACAACUAACCCGGAGAUUGUGUGCGAGUACGCGGGGAGGUUUGACCCACUGUGCGCGGUGUUUGUCGUUCGGCAGGACAGAGGCGGCGGGACAGCUGCGGGUUCAGCCCGAGCUCAAGCUGCUGGUUCGAGGCUUCUUCUUUCGGGGUUUCUCACCGAACAGGAGCAAAGAUCGUGUUUUGGAAGCGCGACUGCACACGGACUGCGCUUCUGCUCUCUUGUGGAACAUUUAUUCUGUGGCUUUUAUAUAUAUUUUUCAACUGCGUACCUCCUGUCUUGGAAAGAGCAAGCGACUUGGAGAAACUGUUUCGCGGAGUUGAGUUCACGCAGAUAUACUGGGGAUUUCCAGCGUUUAUUCAGAACUGUUUCUAGUUCAAGCGACUAAAGAGUGCAAAGUCAAUGAUCUGACUGUCAAAACGCAAGACCAUAAAGAUAUAUAGUUGUGUUAUUUACACCAACAAGGUAGCAACAUUUGUGCGGGAAUAAAAACGUGGACUCUCAUCACAACAUCUCACCACCACAUCCAUCAGAUUCUUUAACCCUGAAUCACUUUGGCUUCGCCGGAGUUCCAGAGCAGAUAUGCCGCAGGUGGAAAUGAUCCUCUUCCUCCACCUCAUCCUAGUGAUGUGUGUGUACGGCCAGGACCCGGCGUCCAAGGUGGUGUCCGAUCGAUACGCCGUCUUCUGGAACCGAACUAACCCCAGGUUUUACCGGGGUGAUUACCACAUUGACGUCUGCAUCAACGACUACCUGGAUGUCUACUGUCCGCACUACAUCAGCCCAGUUUCUGACGACCGAGCCGAGCGCUACGUCCUCUACAUGGUGAACUACGACGGCUACAGCUCCUGCGACCACACCGCCAAGGGCUUCAAACGCUGGGAGUGCAACCGGCCUCUGUCACCCAACGGACCGCUGAAGUUCUCAGAGAAGUUCCAGCUGUUCACUCCCUUCUCCUUGGGCUUUGAGUUCCGCCCCGGCAGAGAGUAUUACUAUAUCUCCUCCAUCACUGACGACAAAGGAAGAAGGAGCUGCCUUCGUCUCAAAGUCUUUGUCCGGCCUCAAAACAAUUGUGUGAAAGAACCCGGGACGGUGCAGGAAGGGGUCGACUUUGACGACAACAGUCACAACUCCCUAGAACCCAGAGAUGGCAUCGUUCACGGGUCGCCUGAGCCGUCUCGAAGGGAUGUGAACUCGGCGGGUCGACGCCAGACUUCCGUCCUCCUGCUCAGCUCCGCCCUCAUUCUGCUGGCGGCCAUCUUGUCUUUAUAGCGCCCAGGCUGAGGAAUCUGCCAGGAAUGGACUGUCCUGAUUGGACCACAGGCCGCCCUUACCCUGCAACCCCUCCCCCUCAAAGGAGCACUUUUUAAAAACAAAAAAGAACACUGACAAUCUCUCGAUGUGAAAAGAGAGAGGAAGGGACUUCGACGUUGAAGCCUUCGAUGUUUUUUGACUUGCCAACUUGACUUUCUGCUGGGUGCUGACGGUCAAGGCACCCCGAGACGAAAGACGCGUACCCUUUCGCCUAGCUACUGCUCACAAUAUACAGAUAUUAAAGACCAGCACACAUAUGAUCUCAAACACACACACACUACACAAUCAGUACACAGCUUGAAUGGCAAUGAAGCACAGCGGGAUCCUUUAAAAGUUUACAGACUUUUUUUUUUUUGUGUUCAGGAAAACAUCACAUAACCCCCCUGACAUGUAUCAUGAUUAUAUCUCACGUCAAAAUGGAUUUUCGAGGAAGACCUUCGAACGACGCAUCGCCGGCAUGCUAACGGAAAAAAACUGAGAAGGAAGUUGUUGCUAGGAGACGGUUACCAAGGGCGCAGGGCGGGCCUUUGACAACUAAUCCCCCCCCCCCUGUUUAAAAACUGACCCUCGUUGAGAGUUAAGCUUUUUAAAGCAGCCGAUUUAACGACCGAUUAAUGUGUUUUGUUUUUAAUAAGUCACCUAAUUCAAUCGUAGCAGCCAACAUGGGUGUACAGUCAAAUAUUUGAACGGAGCGAAAGAAGUGCUUAUGUUUUUUUUUGCCAGGCAAAAUGUAUUUUCCUAUUUAUUGUGAAGUCCUCGUGCUUUGUUUUCCCGCUCUGGUUUUAGUCUGUAAGUACAGUAGAAAGGCAAUAAAAAAAAAUACAGUUACCCAUUAAGUUAGUUCAUAUUACACAGCUUUUUUGAUACAAUCACUUCAGUUCAUGUUUGACUUGAUCGCUGAUUUUUUUAGCAAAGUCCAGGAAGGAAAAAAAAAAAGUUUGAUGUGCUAUCAGGGUGUAGAGAAAAAAGUAGAAUAUUUGUGUUUCGAUUUUGUCAUUAAAAAUGUCACCGACGUAGUUUUACUAUUA